AUGAUGUCUGAGAGCACCGUAGCCCCUUCAGAUAAUAAUAGCAGUCUGCAAAGACUUCCGUCUGCAUUAAGGGACGAAGAAGAUGUCCUGCCAUCUACCAACGUCCAAAACCAAGCUGAAAAUGUCCAUGAAGCAAACACAGAAACAAAUGAUAAAGUUUUGCCAUCCAUCACUGAAAUUCCAAUUAGUGACGAUUCUGAUAUGAAGCGACACGAUGCCUCGGAUUUGGUUUUAAAUCAUUCUCAUACGAUAAACUACAAGGAUCUUCCUCACCCAUCAAUCAGCAUGUUGAAAAAUGAUGUAGAAGAGGUCUCUAAACAAUGCAACGAUUUGAAGUCAGCUUUGCUUUCCAAGGACACUUCCCUGACUGAUUCCGUGCAGGAUUUGUUCAGUUCCUUGAAAGUCUUGUCACAUAAUCAAUCGGUUUUGGAAAGCAAAUUAGAUGAUGUUAUGAAAAACCAAGUCAAUACAGAUAUAUUAGUCAAUAAUAUGAACGAACGAUUAAAUAAAAUGUCAACACUACUGCAAAACACUUCAAAAGCGAACUCCUCAAACGUUUCGAUAGAACAAUCAUCACACAACACAAACUCACAGCAUAAUUCCUCUUCUUCCCGUAGAGGUCCCGGCAGACCAAGAAAAGAUACCUCAACUUCCACAAUGAACAAAUUGAUGUCAAGUGCGGCCUCAGCCAAUUCCAAAAGUUUGUCUAAUCACAAUGCACCCCUUUCACCAGUAAAUGUUUCUUUACCGACGAGUGUAGUUCAAACCUCUAAAUCUAAAAGAUAUUUCGUUGAGCCAUCGACGAAACAGGAUUCGCUGCUAUUAUCUGCCCCGUCGUCGUCAAGGGAUGAUGCUGAGAUCACUCUACCUUCCAUACCACAAAUAGCAAACUCUGAAAAUGGGAAAGAACAAACUUCCACUGCGAAUUCUAGUUCAAUGACACCGACCCCUGUUACACCAAACAAUUUAAUUCAAAUCAAAAGAAAAAGAGGCAGACCACCAAAGAAGAGAACGGUGGAAACAAUGAUCUCUAACUCCACUGAUACGAUAGAAAAAUCUGACUUGUCAACUCGAAUUAAAAAUGAGAUCCCGCUUAACUCGUUGCUUCCUUCUUCCAAAUUCCAUCAAAUUCCAUCAUCUCCAUCGAACCCUACAUCACAGCAGGUAUCGGUUCGUAUUCCAAGACCAGCCACAAAUGAAGCGGAUUCGAAAAGUUUAGAGCCUCUUUCUCCCAUUUUGACCAAUGACGAUGCCAACGCUAAAGACUUAAAUACCAAUGAAACUGUUUAUAAUAGUAUUGAAGAAAUGAUUGAUGGCRAAGCCAAUAAAACCCAGAAAGAAAAGACAAUAACCAUCAAAGCCGGUGACAGCAGUAGCAAUAGCAAAAACAAUAGCAACAAUAACAAUGACAAUAUCAUAAAGUUUUCUGCGAACUCAGACAUCAAUAGUGACAUUCGUCGAUUGAUGGUCAACGAGCAAUUUUCAUUAAGUUACGAUGCCAGCGGUAACAUCACAGUUAAGCUGCCACCCGUUUCCUCUCCUGCAGCCGCAACGGCAGCCGCAGCAGCCGCAGUGACUUCUGAAAUGAAUAGACAACAAAGAGAACUGGAUAAAAGGCGCGAUUCAAGAGAGAAAAUGCUUGUUAAUAUGAAAUAUAAUGAUCGUGAUAAGGCCAAGUCAUUUAUGGAAUCUAACAAGAAACUAUUAAAGGCGAUGAAAGAAGAAGAAAGGCGGAAAAGAAUGACUUCAAUAAUACACGACAACCACUUAAAUUUGAAUUUAAAUGACAUAUCCACACGUUCAAAGAUAAAGAAUAUGGAAAAGCCAACUACCGUAGGUAGCUCGAUGUCACCAAAGGUAAGGCCCCAUUCUCCCGCCGCCAUAUCCGAUCUUCAACGCGAAGAAAGCGAAUCAUCGGAACAAGAAAAGUCAGCUGACAUUGACAACGAGGGUACGAACAUGAAUAACGAGACGCACAAGAUGGGUCUGACUAUGUCUGCUACGGGAGCAAUUCACAAAGUAGGAAUACAGUCGAUGCUAAAUUCCGGUGAAGAAGCAAUAGCGAACGACGAUGCGUUGGAAUAUGAAAGAAAGCGCUCAAGAGAUGAAGAAACAACUACUUUUGUUCCCUUAGAAGAAUCGUCUUCGUUAGAUAUGGUGGGGAGAAGAAACUUGGACAAAGCCGAACAAGAUGAUCAAACAGAAGAUCAGGGCAGCACGAAGAAAAGACGUUUAUCUGAUGAAGCAAAAGGCGAAGAAGAGGAAAAAGAAGAAGAAGAAGAAGAAGACGAAGAAGAGGAAGAAAAAGAGGGAGAGGAGGAGAGAGCAACUAGUCAUAAUGAACCAUUAGCCACUGUUGAGAAUGCCUCAGGAGACGUCUCAACAGAUUUGCCUGAGGAGACUCCAUCGAUCCAUAAUGACACCGAGAAUGCCAACGGAAAUGGGAACCUGGGCUUGGGCACAGAGUCACGCAACACACUAUUAACGGCUACCCCAAUUGAAUUGAUUUGCCGCGAAGGGUUCUUCUAUCGAAGAGACAUUCCUGACGUGCCCAUCACCACCGGGGCCUACCUAGAAUUCAAGUUCAAGGCCAAAGAAGAGGAACUGAUCAAUUCAAGUAUCAACGAAGAAGAUUACGCCACAAAAUCCAAGCAUGAAAAAAUGAACGCCCAUUUUUUCAAGCCCGAUAUUCAAGAGGAGACUGAACUUGCCUUUGAGAUCUUGAGUAAAACUACCUUAACAGAGAAAUACGUUAACAGUUUAGAAUACUUUUUAAUGGAAUUCAGAUGGGAAAAUAAACUAGUCGGGUUAGGUCUCAAGCUCAGAGAAUCUAAAAGGACUUGGCAAAGAAGAAAGGCACUGUUUGCCCUUUUCGAAUUCUGGAGAGACCAAUCAAGAGACAAAAGGAAGUUCCAUAACUACACCAUCUUGCAUGCGGUGAAGGAAAUGGAAAACUACAGGAUUUUCAUCAAUCGCUCCGUUUCGUGGUUUUACAACCAUAUCACGCUGUUGAAAAUGAUCCUCUAUGAUCUCUGUGACAACGUAGAUACCCAAUGGAGAGAAUGGAUGUUCCCUCACAGCGAGGCACUGCCAACCUUAGGUCAAGAGGGAAUCAACGAAGACAACUUGAACGAGACCAUCGACAACAUGCUAAUUUUCGAUUUCCUUGACGACGGCUCGGAGAACAACCAAGUGAAAUAUUCCCGAAUCAUACCGCCGGAUGUCCGCUAG